AGUACUGUCAUUUUACCUUGUUCUGUGACUAAUCUAAUGGAGAACAAUGAAGAUGUCAUGUUUGUUAUAUGGAAAAAGCACAGAAAGAGAAUAUUUUCUUUUGAUGGAGUAAUAAAGGAUGUUUACAGAGAUGCAGCAUUUUCAUCAGCAAACUUGCUGUCUCAGGCGGAUUUAGCCAAGGGCACGGCCUCUCUGGUGCUGAGCGGUGCACAAGCAACUACUGGAAAUUAUACCUGUCAAGUCACAGAGUCAAACAGAGAAGGAGGAGUAAGCAUUGAAGUUAUAAACAAGACGGUUGUCAGUUGCGACAAGGAAAAUGUCUCAGCUCCAGAGAAGAAAUGUGGAUCGUGGUUUCCUCUAGUGGAAAGGGCUAUCAUCAUAUCAUUACUGUUCGUAGUUAUUAUUUUGUGUUCAGCUCAGUUCGGUUUUACUGCAUUAAAAUAUGAAAUUGAAUCUCAGAGGAAAGUGUGCAUUAUUGUAGCAAGUAUCAUCUUAAUAGUUGCUGCUGGUGUAGGCACUUUUCUUUUUCUCCAAGUUGGCUAUACUGCACAGAAUCAAGCUGGUCUUGGCCUCAUUGUUGUCCCUGCUGUGAUUCUCGUACCACUUCAGUACUUUGUGUUUGGAAUUGUUUUUGACAGCCUACCGCAAGCAACGUGUGCUCUGAUAGGUUUGACAAUUCUUGGGUAUAUAAUUGCCGUGGUUGGUUUUGCACUGUGUGUCCCAGCCUGUCCUCCAUUACAUGGGUCUGUUCUGGUUGCUGGAUUAGCUAUUAUGGCUAUUGCAAGUUUGCUUAGUCUGGCUUUCGUGUUUAUUAUGGGUUCCAGAAUGAAAGAUCAUCCUCGUCCAGGGAAAGCUGUAGAAGAACCACUAAAUGAUGCAAAAGGAAUGAUGUUAGAAUGAUGAUCUGCAAAGCUAUGUGAUGCGUGAAUAAAGUACACCGUUGUUGAUACACCGUGGCCUUGAAGAUGCACUACUCAAUGAGAAGAAAUUCAGGAAACUAGUUGUUUUGCAUGUGUGGCAAAAGUGCUUUUGAUAUAAAUUAUGUAAUUUUAUAGUCACAGCAGCUGUAGCAAGGAACAUGUGUGUUUGCCCACAUGGGAUCUUAAUUUUCUUUCGUUAUGGUGUAUAUGGGAUGGUUGAGGGUGAGAAUAUAAAGAGCACUGUUUGCCCACGACAGGGUCUCCCUGCAAUCCUUAGUGGUGUUAUUUUCAAAAACUGUCAUUAGUCACUGCUUUGGUAAUGGGCCUUGCUCAGCCCGGAGGUUGCAAUACCAUUUAGACUAUUGUUUUCUUUAUUUGUGUGCAUGGACGAAGUAUGGUCUAUGUGUAUGAUACAAACAGGAAGUAGAGAUUGUACAAAUACAUCUUUU